AUGGAUAUGGGUUUGUUGAAAAAAUGGUUUAAGUGGUCGGAGUUGGUGCUGGCCAUGUUGAUGGUGCAGAUAUUUGUAACUGGGAUGCAAUUGCUUUCCAAAGUGAUAUUGAGUGAGGGAACCUUCAUUUUUGCACUCAUGGCCUACCGUCAUAUCGUUGCUGCCAUUUGUGUUGCUCCUUUUGCCUUCUUUUUCGAAAGUGUUAGACAAAUCAAGUUGGGUUGGUCAGUUUGGUUCUGGCUCUUUGUCAAUGCCUUAACAGGGAUCACAUCUGCGAUGGGAUUGUUUUACUAUGGCCUCCGAGACACCACGCCUACAUAUGCUACAAACUUCCUCAACUUAAUUCCGAUAGCAACGUUUGUGCUCUCCAUCAUCACUCGCAUAGAUAAAUUGAACCUGCAAACCAGAGCAGGCAAAGUCAGGACUUUGGGGGUAAUUGUAUGCGUUGGGGGGACCCUCACUGCUAGCCUUUACAAGGGAAAGGCAUUUUAUAUGCGCCCGCACAGCCAUCACUCUCAUAUCACUGUCAACACAACUUAUGCUCACUGGACACGUGGCACUAUCAUGUUGGUAGGUAGCUGCCUGUCCUGUUCUACAUGGUUCAUAGUGCAAACUAAAUUGCUCAAAAUAUUUCCACUCAAAUAUUGGGCAAUAAUGUUAACGUGCAUUAUGGCAACCCUGCAAUCAACAGUCAUAGGCCUAUUUUUAGACAGACGGGCGGCUUCGUGGAGGUUAGGGUGGAAUUUGCAGCUAGUUACGAUAAUUUAUUCGGGAGCGCUAACCACAGCUGCAACGUUCUGCUUAAUUUCAUGGGCCAUCUCAGUCCAAGGACCUCUCUAUCCUCCCAUGUUCAACCCAUUGUCUCUAAUUUUUGUUGCCUUAUCAUCAGCUCUCAUACUUGGCGAAGAGAUCAGAAUCGGAACUUUGCUGGGCAUGAUUCUGAUCAUGUUUGGAUUGUACUCCUUCUUGUGGGGUAAAAGAAAGGAAAUGAAAAGCCCAGAUUUGCCAAAAUCAGAAGUUCCGGGAGUAGGGAAAACAAAUGGUGAGCUGCCCGCAGCCACAGGGUUGCAACUGUCACCCUUGUGCUGAUUGCACUGCUAAUGUUGAAGAUGGUUGUGAGGAAAGCCAUUUCCCAGAAA